AUGGCCGGUGGAAGAAUAUUGGUAGUGGGGUGUGGAGGAAUAGGAUGCGAGCUGUUAAAGUUACUGGCAACGGAGGAUUUUGAAAGCAUAACACUGAUAGACUGUGACACCAUUGAUCUUUCCAACCUAAACAGACAGUUUUUCUUCAAUAAGGAUGACAUUGGAAAAAAUAAGGCGGCUGUGGCUGCAAGAAUCUUCAAGAAGCUGAAUAAGACAUCCAAUGUGCUUUCAAUGUGUGCAGAUAUCACUAAGUUCGACGUGCUGUUUUUUGCAGGCUUCCAAAUGGUGUAUAGCUGCCUAGACAAUGCUGAGGCAAGAAGUUAUGUGAACCAGCGAUGUUUUAUGUCAAAGACUCCUCUAGUGGACGGAGGAUGCGGAGGAUUCAAGGGGCAGGCAUAUUACUUUGAUUAUAGUUCUGAAUGCUUUGACUGCAUUCCAAAGAAAGUUUCGAAGGAAUACCUAGUGUGCACAAUCCGGUCAAGACCGACCAAGUUUGAGCAUUGCAUUAUAUGGGCAAAGCACGUGCUUCUUGAAAUGAAGUUUGAGACAGAUAAAAGCAGCCACGGCUUUUACCAGAGAUCACUAAAAGGCAUUAUAGAAAACUGUGAGGAUAUGUCGACUGCAGAUGAAAUAGAAAGGUUUAGAAACAGUGAGGACUACAGGAAAAGGACCAAGAGGAUUACAGAAAUCCUUUACAAGCUGGAUUCUGUCGCAUUCAACAAAGACAGUCGAGACAUCAUGGAGUACAUAUACAAUGCAGCAUAUAUAAGAGGAAAAUGUGCAGGAAUUGAACCAAUCCCAUUUGAUGAGGCAGUUACAAUAGCAGGGAAUAUAAUCCCAUCUCUGAGCACAAUAAAUUCAAUAGUUGCAUCCCUGAUGAUAUUAUCUGCUAGAAACAAAUGCAAUUAUUAUUCUGUCGACAACGGAAAUGUUAUAAGAAGACUGGAAACAUGUGAAAGGAGACCGGACUGUCCCACGUGUUCCCAUCGCUGGUACAGAAUUUUUUAUGACGGGCCUUUGACUUUUAGAAGGUUAAUUCGAUGUUUCGAAAAGCGUGGCCUAGAGAUGGCAGCAUACUCGGAUAGAAGGCUGUUUCUUACGCGUAGCAUGACGGAGUAUUUAGACAAGGAUCUUGAAUUCGAAAGCAACAGUAUUGGGGAAGCUAUAUGCAUGAAAAACAAUAGAAGAAUAAAGGCCUACUUGUAUUUCCUGCGAAGAGGAAAAACUUUGUCUCUUAGGAGAAUACACAAUGCAAGGGAAAAGAGAUAG